CCUUUAGGUUGCAAAUAAAGUAGGCUACUUGAGGACAGGGUGCAGGAGAUCUUUGUAUUUACUGUGUGUUCAGAAGCUUUGAACUGAUGUCUCUUCGCAAAACCCUCCCUGCCUUUGGGCGCUCGACUCUUAACAGGAGUUUGAUGAUCGCCACUCGCCAUCAUCGGCGUGUGCAAGCGUUACAUUCAACCAAAACAAACACUAAAGACGAGUCCGCUGACAGCAGGAAGCAUGUAUCUUAUAGUAACAAGAUCUUCAUUGACUUUGAACAGACCAAAGAAGCCUUCAAGAGCAAAGACACUCUUGAGCUGCUUAGAAGCUUGAUGGUUUUCAAACUGUGCUCCUAUGACAUCCUGGUUGAUAAGAAUAAGGAGAUAAUGGACCUCAGCAGAAAGUUGUUGGGACAGAAUAUGUUUGAGCAGUUUAUGAAGAUGACGUUCUACGGUCAGUUUGUGGCAGGAGAGGACCAUCAGUCCAUCAGGCCUGUAGUGCGUAAGAACCAAGCGUAUGGAGUCGGGGCUGUGCUGGAUUAUAGUGUAGAAGAGGAUCUCUCACAGGAAGAGGCUGAGAGGAAAGAGAUGGAAUCUUUCAUGUCUACAUCAGAGAAUGCAAGCCCUGGAGCUGACCACCGGGAGAAGAAGUUCACAGCCCAUCGGAAGUUUGGCGAUCGUCGUGAAGGCGUGACAAGCGCUCAUACUUAUUUCUAUGCCGAUGAGGCGAAAUGCGACCAACACAUGGAGACUUUUCUGAAAUGCAUCAGAGCCUCGGGUGGAAGUUCUGAAGACGGUUUCUCAGCUAUUAAGAUGACUGCCUUGGGCCGACCACAAUUCCUGCUCCAGUUCUCUGAGGUGCUGGUGAAAUGGAGACGCUUUUUCAGUUUCCUGGCAGCCAAGCAGGGGAAAGACGGCGUGGAGGUGCUGGAGCAGAAACUGGAUCUAGAGCAAUUGCAGGCAUGUCUAGCUAGACUGGGAGCUCAAGGCAACAUUCAGAGCUGCUUCUCUGAUGGACAACUGCACUCAUCAGGCAUGGUGGACAUGCUGGACUGGAACCGUCUGAUUGACGAAAGAACGAAGACAUCUGAUCUACUGGUUGUCCCAAACCUGCAGACUGCUGAGUUGGAGCCUCUUCUGUCCAAGUUCACAGAGGAAGAGGAAAGGCAGAUGAAAAGGAUGCUUCAGCGACUGGACGUCUUGGCUAAGCAUGCGGUGGAAAAUGGCGUCAGGCUGAUGGUGGACGCCGAACAGACGUAUUUCCAACCUGCCAUAAGCAGACUUACUGUGGAAAUGAAGAGAACCUUCAACAAAGACAAAGCUGUCGUUUUCAACACCUAUCAGUGCUACCUCAAAGAGGCAUUUGAUAAUGUGUCCAUGGACAUGGAGCUAUCAAGAAGGGAGGGCUGGUGUUUUGGUGCCAAGUUGGUAAGGGGGGCAUACAUGUACCAGGAGAGAAGCCGAGCUGCGGAGAUUGGAUACGAAGACCCCAUCAACCCCAACUAUGAAUCAACUAGCAGAAUGUACCAGAGGUGUCUGGAUUACGUGCUGGAGGAGAUCGAACAGAAUAAGAGAGCAAAUGUCAUGGUGGCAUCACACAAUAUAGACACGGUUAAACAUACACUCAGAAGGAUGAAUGAAAUGGGUCUGGCUCCCACAGAUAAGAAGGUGUACUUCGGCCAGCUCCUGGGAAUGUGCGACCAAAUCAGCUUUCCGUUAGCUCAGGCAGGAUUCCCUGUGUACAAGUAUGUUCCUUAUGGUCCGGUGAAUGAGGUGAUUCCGUAUUUGUCCCGCCGGGCACAGGAGAACCGCGGCAUUAUGAAAGGAGUGCAGAUGGAGAGAGAGCUUCUAUGGAAAGAGCUGUUGCGCCGACUGACCAGUGGAGAGGUCUUCUACACACCUGCUGUAUAAACCACACUCUGCUUCUCACCAGAGACUCCUUACACUUGUUUUUUGCCUGUUCACCCAUCCAUUCGUAAAUAUUUUUGUUCCACUCUCACCCAGGCUGUUCAAGAUAUAAUGCACAUGGGAUCCAUUUGAAUCCAAUACCUCAAUCAGGUGAAGCUCACAAAAUGCAAAUCACACUUAACCUGAAAGACAAAAAAAAAAAAAAAAAAAAAAAGGAAA